GGCAGGUGAGGCUGGAGUCCUGGGGGUAGGCAGGCUGUCGCUGCCGCUGCCUGAGAUGGAAAUCGGGGGAGGAAGCUCGCGGAAGAAACAGCGGAGGGUCGUGGAAAGAAAGCAAUGGCUGAGCUAGGGAUGGGGUACCAGUCAGAAUGGUGGCGCCUUCGCUGAAGCUUCAGGACCUCAUCGAAGAGAUUCGCGGGGCCAAGACUCAGGCCCAGGAGCGGGAGGUGAUCCAAAAGGAGUGCGCCCACAUCCGGGCCUCCUUCCGCGAUGGGGACCCAGUGCACAGGCACCGGCAGCUGGCCAAACUGCUCUACGUCCACAUGUUGGGCUACCCCGCCCACUUUGGACAGAUGGAGUGCCUGAAACUGAUCGCCUCCUCCAGAUUCACAGACAAGAGGGUGGGCUACCUGGGGGCCAUGCUUCUAUUGGAUGAGAGGCACGAUGCCCACCUGCUCAUUACCAACAGCAUCAAGAAUGACCUGAGCCAGGGGAUUCAGCCAGUACAAGGCCUGGCCUUGUGCACUUUGAGCACCAUGGGCUCUGCUGAGAUGUGCCGAGACCUGGCCCCAGAGGUGGAGAAACUGCUCCUGCAGCCCAGUCCCUACGUGCGCAAGAAGGCUAUUCUGACUGCAGUGCACAUGAUCCGGAAGGUCCCUGAACUCUCCAGUGUCUUCCUCCCACCCUGUGUCCACCUGCUUCACGAGCGUCACCAUGGUAAGGCUGUGGGGCUCCCCAUCCUUUGCUUCAGCUCUGUGGACAGAAGAAUUGAAAAUCGGAUGGGAACACCAGCUCAUAGGAGAAGGGUAGCACACACACACAGGCACACACGCAAUAGACUCUCUUGCCCCUGGCCCCCACCAUUCACUUCCCCGACCCUGACCCCAGGCAUCCUGCUGGGCACCAUCACGCUGAUCACGGAGCUCUGCGAACGAAGCCCUGCAGCCCUCAGGCACUUCCGAAAGGUGGUACCCCAGCUGGUACAGAUCCUCCGGACUCUGGUGACAACGGGAUACUCCACAGAACACAGCAUAUCUGGAGUCAGCGACCCCUUCCUGCAGGUCCAGAUACUUCGUCUGCUUCGGAUCCUGGGCCGGAACCACGAGGAGAGCAGUGAGACUAUGAAUGACUUGCUGGCCCAGGUGGCCACUAACACAGACACCAGCCGAAAUGCCGGGAAUGCGGUCCUGUUUGAGACAGUACUCACCAUCAUGGAUAUCCGCUCUGCAGCUGGCCUACGGGUUCUAGCUGUCAACAUUCUUGGCCGCUUCCUACUCAACAGUGACAGGAACAUUAGGUAUGUAGCCCUGACAUCAUUGCUUCGACUGGUGCAGUCUGAUCACAGUGCUGUGCAGCGGCAUCGGCCCACUGUGGUGGAUUGUCUACAGGAAACUGAUGCCUCCCUCAGCCGGAGGGCCCUGGAACUAAGCCUGGCUCUGGUAAAUAGCUCCAAUGUGCGAGCCAUGAUGCAAGAGCUGCAGGCCUUUCUGGAGUCCUGCCCUCCUGACCUACGGGCUGACUGUGCCUCAGGCAUCCUGCUAGCUGCAGAAAGGUUUGCUCCCACCAAACGCUGGCACAUAGACACCAUCCUGCAUGUGCUGACCACGGCAGGCACCCAUGUGCGGGAUGAUGCAGUGGCCAACCUGACCCAGCUGAUUGGGGGGGCCCAGGAGCUACAUGCCUACUCUGUGCGCCGCCUCUACAAUGCCCUGGCAGAAGACAUUUCCCAGCAACCACUGGUGCAGGUGGCAGCCUGGUGCAUUGGGGAAUAUGGGGACCUCCUGCUGGAGGGGAACUGUGAGGAGAUUGAGCCCCUUCAGGUGGACAAAGAGGAAGUACUGGCAUUGCUGGAAAAGGUGCUGCAGUCCCAUAUGUCCCUGCCAGCCACUCGAGGAUAUGCCCUCACAGCCCUCAUGAAACUCAGCACUCGCCUCCAAGGGGACAAUAACCGCAUCCGCCAGGUGGUGUCCAUCUACAGGAGCUGCUUGGACGUGGAGCUGCAACAGCGGGCUGUGGAGUAUGACACACUCUUCCGGAAGUACGAGCACAUGAGGGCUGCCAUCCUGGAAAAAAUGCCUCUUGUGGAGCGAGAUGGCCCUCAGGCUGAUGAGGAAGCAAAGGAAAGCAAAGCAGCAGCCCAACUUUCAGAAGCAGCCCCAGCACCCACAGAGCCCCAGGCCUCACAGCUCCUGGAUCUGCUAGAUCUCCUGGAUGGGGCUUCUGGGGAUGCCCAGCAUCCUCCCCCUCUGCACCCCUCCCCUGGAGGUGCCCUGGUAUACCUGCUUGACCUUCCCUGUGCACCUCCACCCCCAGCUCCCAUCCCAGAUCUCAAAGUGUUUGAGCGUGAGGGAGUACAGCUGAAUCUGUCUUUCAUUCGACCCCCUGAAAACCCUGCUUUGCUGUUAAUCACCGCCACUGCCACCAACUCCUCAGAGGGUGAUGUCACCGAUUUCAUCUGCCAGGCUGCUGUGCCCAAGAGUCUCCAGCUGCAGCUGCAGGCCCCCAGUGGGAACACAGUUCCAGCUCGGGGUGGCCUUCCUAUCACCCAGCUCUUCAGAAUCCUCAAUCCUAACAAGGCCCCCCUGCGGCUAAAGCUGCGCCUCACCUACAACCACUUUCACCAGUCAGUGCAGGAGAUCUUUGAGGUGAACAACUUGCCUGUGGAAUCAUGGCAGUAACUGUCUCCAUCACAGCCUGAAAUUCUCCUGUGUCCCAAACCCCAGGGGGCCCCAGCCGCUUGAAACCUACACCUGAGGGCUACCAGCAGGUGGCACUCUGGCUUUGCACUGCAAAAACUGGGGACCAGCCCCCUUCUCCCACAAAUAAAGCCCAAUAAAGCCUGAGAGGGGAGGAAAGCCA